AUGGAAGGCAAGUGCAAAUGUUCAGUUAUGCUGGGUUUUCUGGUGUGUUUGGUUUCCAUCCUUGGGUAUAUACAACAAGCCGAAUGUAAGAUUGAAGGCUUUAAGAACUCCACCAAGCUACAGGCCUCAGAUGGACGCCAGGUUAUCAACAUAGCCGUCUUGUUACCGUUCAGCGAUCAGUUCGAUUACUCCAUUCGAAAGACUGUGCCCGCAAUACUGACUGCAAUCGAGAGUCCUCGUGUUCAGGAACUGGUCGGAAGCUCCCUGGAUCUGUCCAAUGUGACAGUUUACAACACUCGUUGCAGUGCAGUCGAAGCCUUGAAAUACGCCGUGGACGCCCUCCGAUCGCAACAAGCGGUGGACAUCUACUUUGGGCCUGCAUGUAGCUACGCUGCUGCUAACAUAGCCCGAAUGAUAACGCAUUGGGGUAAGGUCAUGGUAUCCUCAGGGUGUGAAGACGGCGGUCUCGAUUAUUACCCCAUCACCAGAGUUUACCUCACGGCAACACACCUGGGAGCGGCUAUUGCCGAUGUGGUUUUGAAUACUUUCCAGUGGAAUACUACAGUUGUACUUGCGGAUGACAGACAGCAACGAGAGGAUCUUACCCUCUGUUACGCUCUUUCCCUUGGCUAUAUUGAAAACAUGCCUCCUGAAUAUGAACCGCAAUCCCAACUGGUUAGAAGAGAUGCUUCUAUGGAAGAUAUCAAGCAGAUACUCAAAGAAUGGGUGAUGCCUUACGGACGCAGCAAAGGUGGCUCAUCAUCGUGA